ACGUGUAAGGCUAGGAUCACAGUCGAUCAUUCGAGAAGCAAGCGACAGCUACAUCGAGUGGUGUUCUGUACAUUAAGAAGUCGGAGCACCAAGUGUGGGGAGACAGGAUGACGGCUAUCAGCAAGUGGACGCUGAUAUUCGCGGCUGUGGGCGUAGCGAUUACAUCCGCUUUUCCAUCACCCGAAGAAUACGAUGCUAGAGGAAACAUCGAUGUUCCUACAGAAGAAUCAGCGUCUCUUAUUGAAGAAGGGGUCGAGACAGCGUAUCGAUUCUUUCAAAGUUGCGGAGACAAAGAAAUUGCACUUUGUUUAAAGAUGAGGGCAUUGACAUUUGUGGACAGAGCACUCAGGAGACCCGGUGAUGUGGAUCUUGUAGAUGGAGUGUCCCUAAAACGUACCCAGGACGACCUCGACGUUUCCCGUGAACUGAACGGUCGGGCUUUGUCAGAGGCUGAACUAGACGCUAGCCUGCCUAAAAAUGCUGAUGAAAGAGACGCUCAAGUCGAGACGCUGCUAGUUGAUAGAAUUGCGAGGUUCCUCCAGAGUCACACAUUGCAAUUCAAGGUUCCUGAUUCUGCAAUCUCGGAAGUGAAGAAGACACUCGAUGAAGCACGAGGGAAGAAGAAGAGGUUGAAGAUGUUGUUGCCCCUUCUGCUGCUUUUCAAGCUGAAGGCUGCUGCUUUGAUUCCCCUGGCACUGGGCGGCUUGGCACUCCUGGCUCUGAAGGCCCUACUUGUGGGUAAACUCGCUCUGCUCCUGGCAGGACUUAUCGGCCUCCAGAAACUACUGGGAAACAAGCAAAACACCCAAACCUACGAAGUAGUGGCUCACCCACAUUACACGCACAGUUCCUACGGCGAUGAACAUGGGCACGGUCACUACGGCAGAGCUCUACCCGACGCCGAGAACAACGAUCCACAUCAACUCGCCUACCGGGCGUAUUCUGCCGACACGAAGCAGGAAUAGUUGAAAUUACCAGGCUUAAAAUAUAAACUACACAAAUCCUGUUUCCAAGUCGUUUUCAUGGGUGUAAAGACGAUGUCAAGAAUAUUUAUGCUGAGGUCGCAAUUAGAUCGAGUCCGAUAUUUUAUUUUGGUAAUGUAACUGUCGUUUGUUUGUAUACAAAUGCACUUUCCGGAGAGAAAUAGUCACGCAAAGGACAAAUAUAAAGUCUUUUAGCACCUAAAUUAUUUAAUUACAGACGAAAAUUAGUAUAACAAUGUAAACCGCACUUUAUUAUAAAACAAUGAAAAACAUCUAAGAAAAUAUUUCUCAGAUACACGCUACCUCUUUCACACUAAAUAUCAACAAGCAGAUCUGUUUUCCAUAGACAUUACUAGAGACUAAACUGGAUACUUGAUUCGUGGAUAGAUCAGAGACUUAUAUACUUUUACACGACAAAACCUAAAGAACACAAAUUCCGGAGAAGAAUUGGUAAUUAUCUUAGCCUAUAUACUGUAUAACGACAUUACUUAUAUCACAUUUACUAGCAUUUAAACGCUUAGUCAUUUUAUUGACUGUACAAAUAACCGUAUUAUACUUGUAUAUUUCCAUGGAAACCCAAAGUUUCCGUUCUUGGAUACCAACAAAUAAUUAUUAUUAUUAUAAUUUCUGAAGUAAUGAGUAAAUUAAAGACUGGAAAGAAUAAUACCUCAAAACGACAUAUCUCUUUCUUAACACUGAAAAGAUUACAUAUAUUUCUGUUAAAUGUUUACAUGUGAAUAUUUUUGAGGAAGUUAUAUCUUGACUUUUAAAUUGGACAUUGACUUAGAGAUGAAAAACAAAAAAAUCUUGAAGUUUAUCGUAACU